AUGCCUGCCUCUCCGAUUGAAUCACGCCUGCAGCAGCUCGAGUCCAUUCUCGGGCAAAUGGUGUUUUUGGCCGACGAAGAGGAGAACCCCGAAUGUUUGCCCAAAGACGAAGUAGCGACAUGCGUGGUGGUACAGAAGGAGAAGGAAGAGGGGAAGCCGCGUUCAUCAACAGAGGCCUCUUCGCUCGUUGGUGUGACUUUGCCGGGAGAUGCUCCUCCAGCAACGUCAGAGGUGGACUCGGACGAAUACCUCAUCGAGAUGGCCCGUUUUCGAGACCUCAAGCCGCAGGAUCUGAGCGACGAGGAUUUGCGUUUCUGCCCGUGGAAGGUGGUCAAGAGCUACGCGGAUGCCUACACCGGCAAGGGAAACCGCGAAAGGGCAUGUAACCCCAUCUCCCCAUGGGAUCGAACCUCAAGACUGGUAUUUGUACGCAUACAUUUCCCUUCCACCCGCAAGCCCUCACUCAUUAACUACGCCCUCGACGAACUAACCGCGAGCUCUCGUAGCUUCUACAUCCGAGACACGCACGAGCCAAGGAAGACGCACCUGCUCGUCCCAACCACCGGAGUCGAGCACCUCCUCCGCUACAUCAACAACCGUCUGGACACCGCGCUCCGCGUCCCGCACGGCGCGGCCCGUCACACAUUUGCCCUGCGCUUCUCCGGGUGCGGCCCAUUUCGCCCGCGCUUCCUGAUGCACCACCGCCCCCAGCAACGCGGGGCGGGUGACGGCGUCUUCAACAUCGAGGACCCGAGCACUUGGCCCCGCGACGAUGACGUCGAGGGCGGCGUGUCGUCGCUCGCGGGGGAGGCGGCCGCGCGCCUCAACGCCAACAUGACGCUGCUGCGUCGCGACCCCUGCAAGGGCACCGUUAAGGUGUCGGCGGCGGAGCGGGCCGAGAAGCGCAAGGAGCGGCGCAGGAAAGAGAUGCGGGCCAUGCACAGCUACUUGGGGCUGAAAGACGGCGUGGUGGAGGAGGUGCCGCCGUCGAACGUGGUGCUCUUCUGCGUGGACGUCGAGGCGAUCGAGGUGCCGCCGGGGCCGGUGUCCGAGAUCGGCAUCGCGAUCCUCGACAUGCGGAGCGUCGGGGAGCAGUCCCCAGGGAACCGCGGCCGGGACUGGUGGCCGCUGAUCGAGGGUCACCACUUGCGCAUUAAGGAAUACAAAAGCCUGACCAACUACCGCUACGUCCGGGGCUGCCCCGAAGACUUCCAAUUCGGGUGCGUCCAAAAAGAAAAUACUAACCCUCCCACCCUCUCUUCUACUAACACGCCAAAACGUAGUCAGAGCACGUUCCCAUCGCGCAGCGACGCCUGCGAGGCCGUCCGCUCCAUCCUCCGGCCGUACGUCGACGCGGGGCGGCGCAUCGUGCUCGCGGGCCACGACGUCGAGCAGGACGUCAACUACCUGCGUGACGGCGUGGGCGUGGACGUGCGGGGCGAGUACGCCGCCGCGCUGGCCGGCACGGUCGACUCGCAGACGCUGUGCCAGGCGUGGAUGGCGACGGACACGGCGCGCUCGCUGGGAGCGUUGCUCGGCGAGCUGGGCUUCGAGCACGCGUACCUGCACAACGCGGGCAACGACGCCAUGCACACCCUGCGCGCGGCGAUUGGUGCCGCCUUUGCGGACGCGGAGCCGGCGGACUCGCCUGAGUAG